AUGUCGACAAUUAACAUGCAUCCCCCGCAAACAUAUUCGCGCCUGUUCCGUCCCUGGGAUACGCAACGCCAAACACCUGCACCGCCCGCCAGGACAGUGAAAUGUGAGCAUCAGCCCGAAACAGUGACCAUUAAAACGGAGCUGCCCAGCAGCAGCAGUUAUUGCCAGGAUAGCGACCGAGAGUCCUCCUCAUCCUCGUCGAGCAGCAGCAGCAGCAGCAGCCACAGCAGCAAGUCCAGCUAUGAGGAUGGACUUAACAGCAGUUACACGCGCACUUCGACUCCACUGCUGGAUGCCACGCCGCAGCCAGCGUUAGCAGCAUCCACAGAAGUAGCGCCACAGCAGCUGUCGCCGCAGCCAGCUCCAUAUCUGCCCGCCAGUGAUCUGUAUUACGCUGCAGCAGCAGCUGCUGCCGCCGCCGCCAAUACACCGGCCGCUGCUGCAUUUGGCAUGGAUCCGUUCACGAUUGGCUUGAUGGAGCAGGAGUACGCACGUGUCAUGGCCGAGGAUGCGCAGCUGAAGGCGCUGAAUGCUCGCAAGCAGCGACCAAAGAAAUUCAAGUGCCCCCAUUGCGAUGUGGCCUUCUCGAAUAAUGGCCAACUAAAAGGACACAUUCGCAUACACACCGGCGAGCGACCCUUUAAGUGCGACGUAGAAACCUGCGGCAAGACCUUCACUCGCAACGAGGAGCUGACGCGGCACAAGCGUAUCCAUUCGGGUCUCCGUCCAUAUCCUUGCAGUGCCUGUGGCAAGAAGUUCGGCCGUCGCGAUCAUCUCAAGAAACAUAUGAAGACGCAUAUGCCACAAGAGCGCCAGCUGGGACCGGCCAUCUUUAUGCCCAUGUAUCCAUAUCUCUAUGGCUACUAA